GUACUUCAUAUUUAACAGAUAUAGUAUGGUGGUCUGGCACUAUUGCAAUGGCUCUGGGUCAAAUAGGGAAUUUCUUGGCCUACACUGCAGUCCCAACUGUGCUAGUGACGCCCUUGGGAGCUCUUGGCGUUCCAUUUGGGUCCAUUUUAGCUUCUUACUUGCUGAAAGAAAAACUGAACAUUCUUGGCAAGCUGGGAUGUUUGCUGAGCUGCGCUGGGUCUGUUGUUCUCAUCAUCCAUUCCCCGAAGUCUGAGAGUGUAACGACUCAGGCUGAGCUUGAAGAGAAGCUUACAAAUCCAGUUUUCGUGGGUUAUCUCUGCAUAGUGCUGCUAAUGCUUCUCCUGCUUAUCUUCUGGAUAGCGCCAGCUCAUGGACCUACUAAUAUAAUGGUUUACAUCAGUAUUUGCUCUCUGUUGGGCAGUUUCACUGUUCCCAGCACAAAAGGCAUUGGGCUGGCUGCUCAAGAUAUCUUUCACAAUAACCCAUCGAGUCAAAGGGCUUUGUAUCUCUGUUUGGUACUUCUGGCAGUAUUAGGAUGUAGCAUUAUCAUUCAGUUCAGAUACAUCAAUAAGGCACUGGAAUGUUUCGACUCCUCAGUGUUUGGUGCCAUCUACUACGUUGUGUUUACCACCCUGGUCCUGCUGGCUUCAGCCAUCCUUUUCAGGGAAUGGAGUAAUGUCGGAGUGGUAGAUUUCUUGGGAAUGGCUUGUGGAUUCACCACAGUGUCUAUAGGAAUUGUUCUUAUACAAGUCUUCAAGGAAUUCAACUUCAGUAUCGGGGAUUUAAAUAAACCUAACAUGAAGACAGAUUAA